GCAUUGUGGGCACUUGUGGGUCUAUAUCUCUUCUUUGGAACAAAUAUACCGAAAACGUAAUUUGCGCAUGCGCAUUACGGUGUAAUAUUAGGUACAGAUGCCCUUAAGCCAAAAUAUAUAGUUGCUAUGACAACCAAGAUUUGUUUACGUUCAUUACAGUUUGUUAUUGGUUUCAACAGAAUAAUAGGUUAAUACUUCGAAUUUUCUACUAUUUAUUUAGAGUAUAUUACCACAGAGUCCAAUCUCAAGUAUUACAAUAGUGUAUCUCAACUUUUAUAUAAAUGCCGCUAUUUUCAAAUAAAUUUGCACCAAAAAAAAACACCCCCACGAAAAUCUACAACCGAUUCAUGGCGAAGAGUGAUAGAAAGGAUUUAAUACAAUUUGAUGCUGAUUUCGGGCCAAUUAAACUAAAAUUGGGUGAGCACGAAGGUGUUUUUGAAGAUGGAGAGUGGAUACCAGAGACGGGAUUGGAAGGUGAAAGGCAUAGAGAGAAUGAACAGUUAAAAAAACAAAUGCUUCGGUUGAAAGAAGAAAAUAAUUUGCUCAAACUAAAGACAGAGGUUUUGCUGGAUAUGCUUACACAAACAACUGCCGAGGCUCACAUUCAUGAGAAAGAGCUAAAACACCUUCGCCAAGACAUGAGACACUCAAUAAAAAAGUAACUCUUCCAUCAAAUUGUGAGAAACCAAAACUAAUGUAGUCGCAAGCCUCGCAACACCAUAGAGUGGAGGAGUCAAACUCAUUUAUGCGCCAACAUUCACCUCAGAGCUGGACUAAAGCUAAACUAUCGGAUGUAUAAGCGGUCAUUUCCAGCAUAGCGGCUCUCAAGUGCUUUAGAGCACAACAAUAAUUCAUAAUUUUUUCAAUAUUCUGUUUCCAUGAGCUCUAGCAAAAUAAAAAAAAACCUAGUAUUUUUUUCAUGUAAACAGGUUUGUAUUUAUAAACAAUAAUUAAGAACGUCCUUAGUUGAGCAUGCUUUGGUUGCCCAGCAACCGGAAUAAUAAUUAUGGUUGGUUAAAGCGUGCUUGCCUUAGAACAUUCUUAAGAAUCGUUUAUGAAUACGGCCCCUAAUCUAUCUAACAAUUAAAUAGUUAAAUUUGUAAAUGAAUAAUGUUGAAUUUUCUGAAUAAAUAAAUAAUUAUUUUA